AUGGCAUCUGAAAGUGCAUCACGAGAGGCUAAUGAUGCCCAGAGUGACCCGCUCACUAUGUUCUUCGACGACAACUUCAAUCCAACUUCGUAUGUGGAUGCUCUUUUCCACUCAAUUACUGGCUCAGACAACAAGUUUUCCAAACAGCUGUUAGCUCGACUUUCAUCAACGCUGCUGGACGUCAUAACUCACCUAGACUAUCAAACGAAUGAGAUCUCCCGCGACUUGGCAUUGAAGUUCGAUAACCUCAAAACUUUGUCUCUGAAUUUGGCACCAGCGAUUGAGACGGAGUCAACUGACGACAACACUAGGCUACAAUACUACGUGUCUGCCUUACAUAAUACUGUUGACACGCUACAAGAAGAGCUUACAGACGCCAAUGAAAAACUAAAAAAGGACUCUGGCGAACAACUGGUGGCUGUGGAGUCUUUGAUUCUACUAAAACAGGUGAAAAGAAACAUACAGCAGGUAUUGAAAGUACUUCAAAGUGCUCGAGACAUGCUUGGCCACGAUCCUUCCCAGGUUUCAAUUGAUCAGUUCCAAACCCUGUUGAAUUUAUUGUUCGAGUCUCUCAAAAACCAGCUACGCUCAAAGUCACAGAAAGAGCUAGAUGCAACCUUGACAAGUAUUGAGGAACUUCGGAAGCUCGCCACCGUCUUCCACCAAUUCUCUGCAUUUGGACCAGCUUACAGCAGAUUUAUCGCAAAACUUGAUUCAGAAACUCAGAGAAAAUGA